AUGACGUGCAAUCCUGGGUGGCCAGAGAUCACAAAUGCGUUAAAACCAGGCCAAACACCAUCAGACCAUCCAGAUUUGACAACAAGGGUAUUCCGUGCAAAGUGUGAACAAUUUAAAGAAGAUAUCUUCAACAGAGGGGUCUUCGGAAAGGUAGUUGCACAUGUACACGUGGUAGAGUUUCAAAAAAGGGGAUUACCACAUGUUCAUAUGUUAAUAAUUCUUGACGAACAAGAUAAAUUGCACACACUAGAAGAUUAUGAUCGGAUAGUUCGAGCAGAAAUACCGGAUAAGAACGAGGAACCAGAGUUAUAUAACGCAGUAAUUAAGUGGAUGAUACACAAACCAUGUGGAAGGCAAAAUCCAAAUGCUCCUUGCAUGAAAGGUGGAACUCGCAAAAAGAAAUAUCCAAAGCCAUUUGCACCGACUACACUUCAAGGGAAUGAUUCUUACCCAAUUUAUCGGAGAAGAAACACCGGUCGAUUAGUGUGUUUAGACAGUAAUGGUGAUCAAAUGGUUGACAACAGAUGGGCUGUUCCUUAUAAUGCGUGGUUGCUGCGAAAAUAUGACUGUCACAUCAAUGUAGAGAUAUGCAGCAGUAUAACAAGCGUGAAAUACUUAUAUAAGUAUGUGUACAAAGGACCUGAUCAAGUUUCUUUUGAAGUUAUACCUGGGAGAAAACAUGAUGAGAUCCAAAAAUUUGUGGAUGCAAGAUGGGUUUGUGCUCCUGAAGCAUUGUGGAGGAUAUAUAAAUUUGCAUUGAAUAUGAUAUAUCCAUCAGUAGAGCGUUUGCAGAUUCAUCUCCCAAAUAAGCAACAGGUUAAUGUAAGAAGUUACAACAAUACCACUCAAAAGGUGAAGAAGAUGAUGAUUACCGAGAAAAUGACGAUUAUCUCCGUUUAG